AUGGCAAGAUCUCUGAUUAAUAAUGAAGCAAACUUAUCAGAAGGAAUCGAUCGUUUCAUCAUCUUCAAUCGUUACACAAUAUUUUUAUGCAUAACCUAUGAACUUGUUAUAAUAUCACAAGUUGGCAAUGUUAUCUAUAUGUUAUUUGCUGCAUCAGCACCUGAUAUUAUCGGAUGUGAUAUGAUAAUUUUUAACGGAAGUUUAGGACAACGUGAAAUAUGCGAACAAUAUGAAAUUAUGACAAAAUUAAAAAAUUAUUCUUGUCAACCAAUUCUUGAAUAUCAAUUUCGAUCCGUUGCUGUUGAAUGGGGUUAUUUCUGCGGUGACAUAGUAAAAGUGAAAAAUUUGGUAUCAUUGCAAAUGUUUGGUACCAUAAUUGGUGGUAUUUUAUUUGGACAAUUUUCCGAUUUAUUCGGACGUCGAAAAAUAAUGAUCAUAUCCCUAUCAAUGACAAUUUUAUCCGGUAUAUUAUCAUCAUUUGCUACCAAUCUUCUCAUGUUUGCAAUCAGUCGUACUUUUGUUGGUUUCUUUGUUGGCGGCAAUAUAAUCGUAAUGUACGUGUACGUAAUCGAGAAGAUUCCAACAAAUGCUCGAAUUAAAGUUAAUACGUUUGUCACGUGGUCACCUAAUUUCAUAUUACUUUCAUUGGUAGCUUAUUUCACGGGUUCAUGGGAUAGACUUGCUAUUGCAAUUAAUUUAUUAGCUGCACCAUCACUUCUUUGUUUUAUUUUUCUCUAUGAAAGUCCACGAUGGUUAAUUCAAAAAGGUCGUUUAAAUGAAGCAAAUGAAAUAAUAGUAGCAAUGAAUACUUGGGGACAAAAUGCGGAAAAAAAGCAAUACCAUAAUGCGGAAGAAGUAUUGAAUGCAUUAAAAAAUAAUCAUACGGCUAGUCGCCAGCUACUACAAUUUAAACGAUACUAUUUCUAUCAUUUAUUUUACACGUGGAAAUUAUUUCGUUACAGUAUUGUUCUCGCUUUUAGCUGCUUUGCUAAUGCUAUUGCUUUUUACGGUUUAUUAUUUAAUCUGGAAAAGGUUUCCGGAUCAUUAUAUAUGAAUACAUCAAUACUUGGUGUAUUCCGGUAUACAUUAAAUAUUAUAUUAGCAACUGUUGAUCAUGCGUUCAUUUUUGUUGGUCGAAAAUUUGUACAUACAAUGUCAAUUAUUAUUUUUAUUCUUAGUAUUGCAUUUAUUGUAAUACUAAUUAAAGCUGAUCUUACUUUAAAUUUCAAAGAACUUAUUCGAAUAUUAACUCUAACCGGUAUGGGUACAAUUUCAAUUUUAUUCAUCGUUAAUACACUUUCAUGCGCUGAACUAUUUCCAACAGUUAUUCGUAAUUUAGCUGGCGCUAAUGUUGCAACAUGGAAUCGAAUUGGUUGCAUUCUUGCGCCACAACUUAUUUAUUUGGGUGAAAUUGAACAAUCAUUACCGUAUAUAGUUCUCAUCGUAUUACUUUCAAUCGACGCUAUAGCAUUCCUGAUAUUUCUUCCAGAAACAAAAUUACGACCACUUAAAGAUGAAAUGUUUCCGAAAGAAAAGUUUAUUUUAAGAAAUUGCAAAACAACGCGUACAAUGAGUAUAUCAAAUGAUAAUAAUGAUAAUAGUGAUGAUAACGAUGAUAAUGUUAGCUAUUUAAUGAAAAAAUAA